AUGAUAAUAUUGCGAUCCAUUCUUGUAGCAUGUCUCACGACUUGCACAGCCGUAGCGCAAACGAGUAUGACGGGAACCUUGGAGGCCAAUCCUGAAAUGACUCGCUUCAUGUUCUUUUUGAAUCGAAUUGGUUUGAGUCCGGGCGACGGAAACAUUGUCUUUGCACCCGUGAAUGAAGCCUGGAACGAUUUGGACGAGAAAUCGCAUCCACAGAACGAAGUUUGGGAAAAGUACCGAGACCAACCCGAAUUCAUUAUGCAUCUGAAGCAUGUCAUUACGGAGCAUGUCUUGCUUGGUGACGAAGUCGGUGUGGGCCUCACCGUGGGAGAAAUUUGGGACAAUGCUCGCAAAGAUCUUAAAACGACUUCGGCCAGCGUGGGAAAUGCCACCAUUACCCAGAAUCCAAAAUUGAUUGAAGACGUUCCGGCCAGUGCCGUCAUAUCGGCAAACAUUGAAACGACCAAUGGCUACAUUCACGCCUUGUCGCAAGUCAUUUGGCCACGCUAUUUGGCAGAUGGGAUUGUCAAUCAACUCUUUGAUGAUCGUUCGUGGAAGUAUGCCUUUACUACCAUGGCCAAUCUUAUUCUUCAUACCGGGUUGGAAGACAAGAUUGAUGAUAUUUACGACCACGGGCUUACUUUGUUGGUACCCCCCAAUCGUCGGUUCAAUCGUGGCGAAAUUGAUCUGCCUGUAUUGUUGACCAAUGAAAUGUUUGGGUACUGCAAGGAACUCGUCCUUUCGCACAUGGUCGAUUACAUCCAUCAUUCGCAAUCCAUCUUUGCCAAGGAAGAGACCCAAUAUCUAUUGAUAUCAGAGCGAAAGACUCAUUUGUGGGUGGCCACGACAGAGAAUCAAAUUCGAUUCCAAUCCGAAUUGGUCUUGUUGUUUGAUCAACCAUCCCGUGGGGGUCUCUGGCACGCCAUUGACAUGCCCCUCAAGCCACCUUCCAUUCGAGACUUUACCGAUUUUACAUGGAAGUCGACCGAUCAAGAUACCAGUGAUUGUAUGAAGGUCUUUAUCAAUAGUUUGGUCGAUUCCCGACGACUCUCGGAAGAAAUGGGCGUCAAACUUACCAUGUUUUGUCCAUCCGGGGCAGCCUUUAAGCAAUUCAACAAUGAAGAUUAUCAACGACUGCUCGAACCAGAAUGGAGACGUCAUUGUACCGAAUUCCUAAUGAACAUGAUCACGGAGGGGUACCAUACAAGAGCCGAAUUGGUCGCCAAGGCACCAUCGACCAUUACCUUUUUGAAUGGCGCUACUUACGAUUUGAGACGUACCGGAGAUGCCGUCCGUAUCAAGAAUGGACCUGGAGAACAAGCCCGAUCGUACUUUGGAGACCUGAUUGCCACGGAUGGCUAUUUGCACAUGACGGAUCGGGUCAUUUCUCCCACGGCCGUCACAAGGUCCGUCUACGAUCAGACCAAGGAAAAUCCCGAUUAUUCCCUCGUGACGGAAAAUAUCGAUUUUGUCGAUAUGCAAGACAUGAUCGAUCGGGAUUUGCCCAUUACCUUCUUGGCCCCGUAUGAUCGAGCAUGGUGGAGAGUCCGCUUCGCCACCAUUGACGGUGAAGCAAUCAUCAACCGACACAUUUUCCGUGGAUUGUAUUUCUGCGAUGUCAUUGCCAACAUGACCGAAAUUACCUCGGUGGAAGGCGAUGUCCAUGCAGUCACCUUGAGAGGUGACAAUCAAGAGAAUUUGUUCAUUGGGGAUGCCUUUGUCUUUGAUUGUGAUAUUCUUGCCAGAAAUGGUGUCUUGCAUCACAUUGAUCGUGUCUUGGACAUGGAGUAUCCCACCGAAGCACCCACCACGUCGCCGGCUCCUACCGGAACACCGGUGCCCAGUCUCUCCUUCCAACCCAGUACCAAUCCUGCGGGACCACCACCCACUGUCUCCUUCGCCAACAUUAAUUUCCAAAAUGGUUACGUCCGACCGACCAAUCCUCCCAACUUUUAUCAACCAUUCUUCAGCGGGGCUCCUACUGUGGCACUUACUCUGUCCAACAAGAUUAUGGCAACUGGAGUUACCUUGAUGGUGUCCGCCAUGCUGAUGAUGCUAUAA